GGACUGGGAGGCCGCUCCUUGAUUCAUUCAGUCUGUCAACGCAGAGCACACCUAUACAGUGACACAAGCAAAGUGCCCAUGAUAUAAUAAUCGCACGAGGAUUGCUACUGUUGUAUCUGGUUUGACACCAUAAAAAAUAUCAGCCGAACUCUUUUCACGACCCAUCAACAUCUACUGCCCCUCAGUAAACACAAGGUGUUUCAUACGCCUGCAAUCUAGCUGCUGCUCAUCUCAGCCCCUCAACCUACAGCCUACCUACCCGACAAAACGACCGAACUAUUUCUUACAGACGAAACAACAAAAAGCCCAACCAUGUCCGCUCCUCCGCCCAUGAGCGGUGCCAACUCCGAGAAGCCGCCCGUCGGCCAGCCGGCGGCAUCCCAGCAGACCCCCAGCUACAACCCUGCGAACCUCGCUUUCGCCGGACCCCAAAGGGUCGAGUCCGACAUCUACAACGUCGAAGACAACAAGACGUCCUCCGCGACGCACCCCGGCUAUGCUGCAGGACAGACACCGGCCGCGGGCUCGGCCGCCGCACCGGCCGCCCCUGCUGCGGAAGCAAAGCCGGCAAAGAUGGGUUGGGCAGACAAGCUGUCGGCCUUUGGCAAGAAGCACACCACCCCGGCCCCGGCUGCCGGCGCUGUGGAUGCCUCUGGCCAGCAGAAGCCGGCAAAGAUGGGCUGGGCCGAUCAGCUCACGUCGUUUGGUAUGAAGGCUGCCGGCCCCAUCAAUGCGUUUGCCAACAAGAUGGGCGCCGAGGCCUUUUUGCCAGACACCAUGGAUAAGGAGUGCGAGAAGGCGGCGAGGAUCCUCCGCGCUUUCUGCAAAGAGGGUGUCUACACCGAUACUGCCACACUACCGGCCCCCGCCACUCAGCCGAAGCCCGAAGCCGGCACGACGGCAGCCCCAGGCAAGGACGCAGCUUCCAAGAUCAAAAAGGACCGCACGCUCCUCCACAUCCCGUCCAAGGUCAUCUCGCGGGCGGUGGGACUGGCCAUUUUUACCACGGCCCGUAUGGGUUACAUGGCCACGGGAGCAACGGGCUCUGGUGUGCUCAUCGCCCGCCUCCCCGACGGCCGGUGGUCGCCUCCCAGCGGCAUCCAGGUGCACACCCUCGGAGCAGGAUUCGUGAUUGGAGUAGACAUCUACGACUGCGUGGUGGUCAUCAACACAAAAGAGGCGCUCGAGGCCUUUACCCGCACGCGCAUGUCGCUCGGCACAGACCUGGCAGUCGUCGCAGGACCCUGGGGCGCCGGUGGCUCCGUCGACGUCGCGGCGCCCGAGGGUGACUUUCUCAAGAAGAAGGACAAGGGCAAGGAGGCCGCCGCUGCCCAGUCCGGUCAGCCCGGCCAGCCCGGUGCGGCACCCGACAACCUCGCGCCCGGAGCAGCCGGUCAACCGCCUGUCGUCCUCGACAACCCUUCAGGGGGAAAGAGCGGCAGCAAUUCCCGCCAGCCGUCGCCGUUCCGCCAAAACAUGAAGCCGGUGUACAGCUACGUCAAAUCACGUGGUUUCUACGCCGGCGUGCAGGUCGACGGCACGGUCGUGACGGAGCGCAAGGACGCCAACGCGGCCUUUUACGGCGUGCAGGGCGUCACGGUCGCGCAGAUCCUGAAGGGCGAGGUUCCGCCCGCGGCUGGCACCGCCUGGGACAGGCACGCCAAGGCGCUGCACGACAUUGUGCGUGGCGCCGAGGGCUUUAGCGCAGGCGACCAGAUGGACCCCCCCUCGACGCUCAUGAGCCAGAUGAACGUCGGUGGCGGCGCCGCAGCAGCAGCAGCAGCAGCAGCGCCUGUUGCUUCGCACGCCGUGCCUGGCGCUCCCCCUACCAAGGCGCAGGAGGCGGGCUACCAGGUUCCUCCGCCGCCGGCAUCGACCAUGGACCCUCCCGGCAGCUCGGCGGCACCAGUGGCCCCGGCUGCUCCGCCGUCCAUGACGACCUUUCCACCUCCGCCUCCGGGACCCCCUCCAGCAAACAGCGGGGCGCCGGCUGCUCCUCCGGCCGAGAUGAACUGGAAGGAGCGCGAAGCAGCUGCCGAGAGGGCAGCGGCCCAGGCGGGCGCCUCACAGUCGGGGGCACCUCCAGGAUACUCGGAGUUUGCCGCCCCUCCGCCUGGCGGCAACGCGGGGUCAGGGUCGGGAUCGACGGAGCUGCCGCCUGCGUAUGUGGAUGACGGACAGCCAAAGCCCGGUGUGGGGGACAGCAAAACGGGACACUGAUUUGUUAGCUGCUGGAUGGUUUGCUUUUGGUCUUGUGCUUGUGUAGCCGCAUGUUUGAUCGGUAUUCAUUGUUGUUAAUUCUACGUAGCAUUGAGCAAUUGCAGUUUUUGCUUUUAGGCGCCGAUAGACGUGUCAUUUUGCCGUUGGAAUGAUAGAUGUGUGGCCUAAUGUGAGU